CCGGGCCGCCGCUGCGGGACGGGUUCGGGUCCGGGUCGAGCUCCGUGGUAGCAGAGAGCCGAGCGGCCGAGUGUGCGUGUGUUGGGACUGCAGUGGGAGAGCACUGAGUGCUCACCCGCCCGCCAUGUCCAGGAAGAAGAUUCCCAAGAGCAAGGGGACCAGCGCUCCCUCUGCCUCAGUGCUGCCCGCCGCCAACGGGCCCCGGGCGGGGCGCCCCAGGACUGCGCGCCCCGGCUCCGAGGCGCCGCACAAUGGGCCCCCGCAGCCUGGCAGGCCCUCGCUUGGCGGUGGUGGUGAUUUCUACGACGUCGCCUUCAAGGUCAUGCUGGUGGGGGACUCAGGCGUGGGGAAGACCUGCCUACUUGUGCGUUUCAAGGAUGGGGCUUUCCUGGCAGGGACCUUCAUCUCCACCGUGGGCAUUGACUUUCGGAACAAAGUUCUGGACGUGGAUGGCAUGAAGGUGAAGUUGCAGAUCUGGGACACAGCAGGGCAGGAGAGGUUCCGCAGUGUCACCCAUGCCUAUUAUCGUGAUGCACAUGGUGAGCUCACGGGCACUGUCUCAGACCAGGGAGUUGGGCUGUGGUCUGUGUCUGUGUGUACCCUGUUCCCUAGGCUUCUGCUCAGAGGAGGGUUGUGGGUGACUGGAGGUGUCCUCACUGGCCCUCUGCCCCCAGCACUGCUACUGCUCUAUGAUGUCACCAACAAGGCUUCCUUUGACAACAUUCAGGACUGGCUGACUGAGAUCCAGGAAUAUGCCCAAAACGACGUGGUGCUCAUGCUGUUAGGGAAUAAGGUGGACUCUGCCCAGGAGCGUGUGGUGAAGAGGGAGGACGGGGAGAAGCUGGCCAAGCUGUUUACAGGAGUAUGGGUUGCCUUUCAUGGAGACCAGUGCCAAGAUGGGCCUCAACGUGGAUUUGGCCUUCACAGCUAUAGCAAAGGAGCUGAAGCAGCGUUCCAUGAAGAGCCCCAAUGAACUCCACUUCCAACUGCACGACUAUAUCAAGAGAGAGGGCCGCAGGGCCUCCUGCUGCACACCCUGAACCUGGCAUCCUGAUGGGAGGCCCAGGCUCAGCCCAGCCCCUGGAAAGCUGGUCUACAGAGCCCUGAUUUGUCACCCAGCAAUCAAUCCCAGGGUUUCCAGGACUCUCAGGCUGAGUGAGCCUAGCCCUUCCUUUAUAUGGGUUGCAAUCUAUAUAGUUUAAGUCCUAACAAAUGGGUUCCAGGGAGCUAGCAGUCUGCAGCACCCGCCCCCCUUUCCCCCUUUACCUGCUGCUGUCCAAGAGCCUUAGCCCCAAGGCCUUCAUGGAAAAGCAACUGUAGGAAGGCAUAUAUUA